UUUGAUUGUAAACCUUUUCCGUGUAUAAUCAAUGACUAAUGUAAAUUCAAAUUCAGAUGAAACCACAGGUCACGGGCCUCCACCGGUUCCUGCGAGGCCUUUUCACAAUUCAAUCUCUCGCCCUUGGAAUUCAGGUUAUUCAAAUUAUGGUUUUGGUGGUAAUUACAAUCGUUUCAAUGGAUUUACUGGUCUAGGUUAUGGUGGAGGAUAUGGUGGCUAUGGUGCUGGUGGAUUCGCAGGUUAUGGUGGAGGAUAUGGUGGAUAUGGUGCUGGUGGAUAUGGAUCAGGUUAUGGUGGAUUUGGACCAUCAAUUGGAAACGAUUUUAUCAGAAUAGCGGAAGAAACUUGUGGUCAAAGUUUCCAAUCACUUGAAUCGGUUGUCCAAUCGGUUUCAUCUGUAGCCAUGAUGCUUGAGUCAACCUAUUUUGCUGUUCACUCUUCAUUCAGAGCAGUUCUUGGUGUUGCUCAUCAUAUUUCAUCGCUUAAAGAUCAACUGUCACAAUUUACUAAUCAAAUACCAAUUGUAAGAUUUUUACUCUCAGUGGUGAAAAAGAUUCUCUAUUUUCUUGGAAUCAUUUCCUCGAAUAGUUUAAUUGACCAUGAAAGAGCUUGGAGAGAAGCCACUUCAGCAAAUAUACGUUUAAAUGCUGACGGAACAUUUAACCCAUUUUUAAGUGGAAAAGACCCUGUAACAAGUAGAUCGUCAUCAUUACCGAUAUUAAUUUUUUUCGGCCUAGUAUUAGGUGCACCUUGGAUGAUUUGGACAUUACUUAAAAGAUCAACACGAAAAGUGUCCCAUGUAAACACUGAAUGGUCAAUCGGUAAAGAUGAACAUUAUAUUGGUCAAGCUCUUUAUCCAUUUACAACCAAUUCUCAAGGUGAAUUACCCUUAACUACCGGACAGAAGAUUCUAAUUGCUCCCAAAGAUAUUCAACCUAAAAUUGGUGAUUGGUUAUUAGCUGCAAUCGAUGGACAAAUUGGUCUAGUUCCCGCUAAUUAUAUUAAAAUAAUUGAAUAUAAACCAUCAUCUAAUCAACAAUUAGAUGAUCAAGAUAAACAAUCUCAGGAAAAACAAACAGAUCAACAGAAAUUAUGAUUUUUUCUUACCUGUUGUUGAUAAACACAAAGUUACCUUAUCAUCAUAAUCAUCAUCAUCAUCAUCACCAUCAUAAUUAUCGCAAUUAUCAUCAAGCUAUCAUCUUUUUUAGCCAAUUAAUUAAAAAGGAAAGGAAAUAACAACAAUUAUCUAUCAUGAUAUUGUUUACAAAAUAAAUUACUUUGCAAACAACAACAAAUUUUCAA